AUGUCAAGCUCUGCAGAGCUGCAACGCGAACGCGAGGUGCAGAGUUACUUCCAGAGCUGGCAAAUAGCACAAGGCUCGUCACUUAAAGUCGCCCGAAAUGUCGAUGGAAUCUCUGCGCCCUCCCAGAUCAAUGACGCAAACGCGCCUCAGCCUUCCUCCGACAAGGCCCUCUCCGCCUUUGCCCAGCUCGCUGUUUUUCGUCUCAACGUGAAGCGCGCUAUGGUCUCGCUCAUCGAUACGAAUAAUCAGUAUAUUCUCGCCGAAGCUACGCGCAGUUUGCGACUGGGAACCUUGGAGGACGAACAGAGCGCACCCAGCAACGCACCCAACAACUCACCCGAUAAUAAGAAAACUUCCAACCUCGCCGAUUAUAACAGCGAACUGUGGUUGGGAACAUCAAUCCUCAACCGCCCAGAUGCCGUUUGCGAACACUGUCUAAAUAACACCUGCACCGGUCGAGAUCCAGAUGGAUCAACAUACUCAGCUUCUGGUCUUAUCGUACCCGACUGUCGCCUCGAUGACCGAUUUAAAUCGCGCGUUUACGUCCAGUCCGAACCGGGUGUGCGCUUCUACGCUGGUGUGCCUAUAUUCUCAAGGAAGGGUUACAAGAUCGGAGCAUACGCUGUUUCAGAUGAACGACCUCGCGAUGGACUUUCGAUUGAAGACGUCAAGUUUAUGCAGAGCGUUGCGCAAGCGGUCACGGAACACUUGGAAUGGGCGCGCGAUCGUGUGGACAGGUUCAAAGGUGAACGCAUCGUGCGUGGCCUUGCCACAUUCAUCGAGGGAUGUUCCAGCGACGACCCAACUCUAUCCCGGGACGACCAACCCCAACGUCCUCCCAUCAAACGUCCCCCGGGUAUGACUAUCUCGGCAACGAGGCGCUCAUCACUGCAUAACACUAUGCGCAAAGUCGAUCCCGAUUCAACCAGGCGGUCACAGAAGGCCACAUCACCGCCCCGCAAGACCAAGCCGAAAACGGAUGGGCUGUCGAGAAUGUAUCACCGAGCAGCUGAUAAUCUGCGAUCGUCUAUACUGGCAGACGGCGUUGUUCUCUUCGGCGCCACAGCUUCCAAUAUCCAGCACAUGAGCAACGCUGUUAAGAUAGAGCACGGCAACAACACCAGUUCCGAAGACUUACCGACGCAAGUGGCAGCAGAGCCUGAUGGCUUCAGUGCAGAAAGCUCUGACUCUGAGACAUCCCCAACAUCAAGGCCGUGUAAGUUGCUUGCCUUCUCCCUUGCUGAUAAGACCCAGCCUUUGGAUCUCGAACAAGGCCCGUCUUUCUCAAUUGGUACACUCGAGAAAUAUUUUUCGCGUUUCCCCAAGGGAAAGGCUUUCACAUUCACAGAAGAAGGAACAGGGCUCUCUUCCGACGAUGACAGCGCGAGCGAUGGAAACCACAUUGGGGGCACCGCAGCUACAGCUGGGAAACAUAAGCGACGCAGGGACAAGGAUAGGAUGGACCACAAGGAGCUUCUCAAAAAGAUACCCGGUGCCAAGGCUAUCGUGUUUCUUCCGCUAUUUGACUACGUCGAGGACAAAUUGAUGGGUGGAUGUUUCCUUUGGACAUCUGUCCCGGGUCGCAUGAUGAACUUGGACGAGGACCUAUCCUACCUUCGAGCUUUCGGCAACAGCAUCACAAGUCAAGUCGGGCGCAUUAACACAAGGAAGAACGAAGCGGCGAAGACUACAUUCAUCGCGAGCAUGAGCCACGAAUUGCGAAGCCCCCUGCAUGGCAUUCUUGGUGCCGCCGAAUUUCUCAAGGACGCAGUAACCGACUCAUACGAAGCAGGCUUGGUCAACUCGAUCGCGACUUGCGGCAAAACACUUCUCGAUACGUUAAAUCAUGUGCUCGACUUUAGCAAGAUCAACAAUCUUGGCAGUGGACAGACGAGGAAAGGAAAGCAUGCCAAAAUCAUCAGCCUAUCUUCCGAUUCGAUGGAAAGUUUGAACAUGACUGCGGCAGUGGAUCUCUCUUUGCUUGUCGAAGAGGUUGUCGACGCUGUUGCAACCGGCCACAAUUUCAAGAAACUCCCCAGAAAAGCAAGUCAGGGGGGCGAAGUGACAGGCGCAGAGCAGACAGCCCAAAGCCCUGGAAGCGAGCACCCCGUGUCGAUUCUUUUGGAUAUUACCCCGAGGACGUCUUGGAUGGUCAAGACGCAACCUGGUGCCCUUCGAAGAAUUGUUAUGAACUUGUUUGGCAACGCUUUGAAGUACACAGCAUUGGGCUUCGUUUGUAUUUCGGUGCGAGCGCAAGAGAUCAAUGACGAUUCGAGGAUUGACGUUAUGAUCCGGGUUGCAGAUACCGGGAAAGGCAUGUCCGAGGACUUUCAGCAGAACCGACUAUUUGUUCCUUUCAGCCAAGAAGACUCUUUCCAGCCUGGCACCGGCCUGGGUCUGAGUAUCGUUAAGCAGAUUGUGGACUCGCUUGGUGGAACUCUUGAGGUCAAGUCAGAACAGGACAAAGGCACUGAAAUAGAAGUUCGAUUGCGCCUUGAACCAGUUCCCGAAGAAGACUCUUCUGAACCAGAAGAACCUAUGAAUUACAUGAGGGAAAAGCUUCAAGGGCGAUCUCUGGUGCUUCUGGAAGCAAGCGAAGCUUUUAACUCUAGUACAAUCACCAAACAAGUCCAGGUGCGAAACGAAGCUCUAAUUGAAAUCUUUCAUAACUGGUUCAACAUGAAGGCUGCGAGAGAAUACGACACGAACCCUCCUGAAGCCGACUUUUAUCUAUAUUGCGAGCCGCCAUCCGCAAAGACUUUGGAAAAGCGUUUCCAGGAGACAGCAAUGGAGGGUCCAAGGAACAAGAAAACACCCAUCAUCAUUAUCAGUCUGAACGAAGAGGAGGCGGCAAAAAUAUCAAGAGCACAGACGAAAGCCCUGGCCAAGUUGUCAGAUGUGGUUGAAGUGAUACCACAGCCAUGUGGUCCAAGAAAGCUUGCACAAGUCUUUAGCCGAUGCUUACAACGAAUUCAGGAAGUCAAAAAUGACGACGACGACGAGACAAACCUGGUCAGAAGUGCUCAUACAGAUAAAAAGGAAAGAGAAGGAAAGAACCCACCAGCAAGCGAAGUGGCAGAACAGAUGAAUUCAACACUACAGCACCAAGACGACAAGCCAGAUUGGGUUAAGACGACUACCUCACCUUUGCCUCAGGAACAGCAAGGCCAGCAGGGCUCCAAGGAGGAUGGAUAUAUGAACAAGAAAGACCACGAGAAAGAGCAGAAGAAACAACAGAGGGAAGAUAGGAAGAGUGAGCACGAGAAGGACGGCGAGAGGCAUGGCCAGAAGAAGAAUGACCAGAAGAAGGAAGACAAGAGGCCUGACAAAAAGGAAGAUGUCCACACAGACAGCAAAAAGCAAGACGGCACAAAGGAGGAGAAUGGCAAGCCAGUAAAGGGCUCAAAAAAACCAAACAAACCGGAAAUGCCGAGUAAAGCCCACGUUCUUCUGGUCGACGACAACAAAAUCAACCUCAACCUACUAACGAUGUUUAUGAAGAAGUGCGGUUUCACCUACGAGGAAGCUGAAAAUGGAGAAGAAGCCGUGGAAACAUUCAGAAAGGCAACCAUCGGCGACGCAGAAACUCCGGGCCCUAUCAAGAAGCGGUUCGAUUACAUCUUGAUGGACAUUAGCAUGCCUGUGAUGAACGGUAUCGAGGCGACCAAGAGGAUCCGCAAGCUCGAGGCAAAGUACAAAGUUCCUCGGACGACGGUGUUUGCGUUGACGGGUCUUGCGAGUGCGGAUGCAAGGCUUGAUGCCAUGUCUGCGGGGGUGGAUAUGUUUUUGCCCAAGCCUGUCAAGUUUGCGGAGCUGAAGACGAUGAUUGAAAAUAACUAG